AUGCAAGGCGCCCUCAGCCUGUGGGAUAUUUUCACUGAGGAGCAAAAAAUUUUAAAACUUGCAAAUGUCGUCUCGCGCCUGCGGCGUCGUGGUAUAUUGGAUCUGCUACAUAUGCGCUUUACGAAGGGUUCCAUUGAACGUUUGCCUAUUCCUCGACAUCGUCUACUGCAAGCAGCCGAACAGCUGCAUCAUCCCAAUGCAUUGCUCACAGUGUGUGCUCGGGCCAGAGACAAGCACAUUGUACGUGAUUCUACUGGUCGCUGGGGUGAACCGGGUGGAUGUAAGUGCUCUUAA